AUGCUGCAAAAGGCGAUGGAAGGCACUCGACAAAUUGACCUCCAGAGGCUCCGCCAGUCCAACUUGGAAGGCAGCUUGUCAUUAUUCAGAGAAAAGUCCAAGCGAGUGAUCCAGUCGGUCAAUGAAUGGUCCAAGCAUCGUGUCCUGUUCCGUCUCCAAGAUCUUGUCGAAAAGAUCUACCAACUAAGCAAUGUCCACGGGCUGCAGCAAAUGCUCGAGUUGAUUCCCUCUGGUCCUACAAAAAUCAUCAAGGAGUCGGUCUUCGCAACUGCCUUGCUCAACAUUAUCUGGAAAGUCUCCAGGUAUCAGGAAGCGGCUCAGGUGCUGCAUCGCAUCGCCAAGAAGUUUCCUGUCGUCCGAACCAUCGAGCUUCGUCUCGCAACUCUUCCCCCGGAGGCUUUCGAUCGACCGCAUUACCCGAACUACUCACCCAGCCUGUCGACUGCGCUCUCUCGUUUGGGGAAGAUCGAGGGCAAACAAUAUCGUCUCACGCAGGUCUCUCAGUUCAUGACAAGUGACAAGACCAAGAACCCGAAUGACCAAUUCGCCGAGCAAACCACGAAAACUCUCCAGGAAGCCAAGAUCCACGCAGAGGUCCAGCUCCUCGCCUACUGCGAGAUCCAAUCGCCUCCGCUAUUCCCGCGGGCCAUCGGGUCCAGCAAAGAUGCCUGUUUCUUAUGCCAUGCUUUGAUCCAACGUCACGGCAAGAUGCACACAUCACGGACGCAUGGGCGAUUGUAUCCUGGUUGGCGAUUGCCGCUGCUUCUGUCGUUCAAGACGCUGGAGCAUCAGUUCAACCAGGUGCUUCAGAACCAUGCGCGACAGACAAUUCAAGCGCGAGCACAAGGUCAAGCCAGUGCACGCCCGCAACCGAAUGAGAGUACGCUACUUCCGAUGGUAGUCUCGGCAUCGACCCUGACCGCGAUACCAGAUCCGAUCGAGGUCACCCAGAUCAUCUCGGAGCACGAGGCAGUAGUCUCUUCUGUCUCUCCUAUCCCCGCGGUCGUGGAAAGCGAGGUCUCAAUAACCAAUCCCCCGGAGAUGAAGACCCCUCCGGUAGAAAUAGAGACGUAUUUGCGAGCUCUGGUCCGAGAGAGUGCCGGGGAGGUCGUCCUGGCAGCCAGUGAGCCGUUCACCGGCAUCCUCAGCCCGACGGCUUCGUCUCCGCUCUUCCUGGCCGGUCCGCUGCAUGUUCACCUCGAGAUGGAGGCGAGCUCGACGUGCGAAGCCGCCAAGUGUCUUGCAUACUCGAUUGAAAGAAUAGCCAUUGACCAGGUCCUCGAGCUUCCUGCCGAGACUCUGACCGUAAAUGUAGUGGAUCUGGAGCGGGAGGUGACAUAUGCACUCCCUGCGGACGGGACAUUCCGCAUCACAGCUUGCGAUGUCGCCGUGCAGGUCGGGUGCGAGUCAAGCAGCUGA